AUGAAAUUUAGCAGCUCUGUUGUGUCCGGCCUAGCCGUCUUGUCCGGUCCCGUCCUCGCGCAUCCGGGCCACGACGUCUCUCACGAGAUCCUGGAGCGCCGCGAGUUUCUAAACUCCGUCAAGCGCACCAACCUAGACCACUGCGCCCCGAAGCUGAGGGCGCGCGGUGUCGAGCAGCGAAAUGUCGAGCGUCGAGCCGCCCUACUCGAGAAAGCACGUGCGAAGAGAGGCCUUAACAAAAAGCGCGACGUCAACUCCGUCUUGGCCACCAGCCACAAUUCUUCCGGUCUCGGUUAUACCCCGAACACCGACGCUGCCACCCUUUUCGCCGGCUACAACGCCUGCCUCCUAACUCCCGAGGUUACCCAGGGUCCCUACUACGUCGGCGGCGAGUACGUUCGAGAAAACGUCGUCGAGGACCAGAGCGGUGUUGAUACGAUCCUCGACUACCAGGUUAUCGAUGUCGACACAUGUGAGCCCGUCACCGACGUCUACGUCGAGAUGUGGCACUGCAACGCCACGGGCGUCUACAGCGGCAUCAUAGCCAGCGGGAACGGAGACUCAUCGGACGAGAGUAACAUCGAUAACACUUGGCUCCGCGGCAUCCAGAAGACCGACUCGGACGGGGUGGCGCAGUUCGAAUCAAUCUUCCCCGGCCACUACGCGGCCCGCGCGACCCACAUCCACAUCAUGGUUCACCAGAACGCCCUCCUCCUCGCCAACUCGACGCUCGGCAACAACGUCAGCGCCAGCCACGUCGGACAGGCCUUCUUUGACCAGGACCUGAUCAGCUCCGUCGAGCUUACCGAGCCCUACAGCACCAACACGCAGGAGCUCACUUCGAACGCGGACGACAGCAUCCUUUCCGAGGAGGCCGCCACAGACGGCGUUGACCCGUUCUUUGAGUACACCCUCCUAGGCGACGACGUCACCGACGGCCUCUUCGCCUGGAUAGCUUUCGGUAUCAACUCUACUCAGACCCAGUCGAUAACCCCAGCCGCCUUCUAUUACAAGGACGGAGGUGUCGCAAAUUCGGACUCGGCAACUGGCGGUCCAGGCGGUGCUCCUAACGUUACCGCGUCCUCUUCGGUUUCCGCUUCGGCGUCCGUGUCCGUGUGAAGGAAGUUUGACUUCGACCUUAACUUGUGAACGGUUGCCCCAACACACUGUCGUAUUCAAAUGUUUUGACGCGCCGGAGGUAUCUAAGCCCAAUAACUGAUUAUCUAGGGAGUGUGUUAGUGACGAGAAGUAGGAAAUAGAGAUUAGAGGAGGCCAAGUUGCCGCGAUGGCAAGGAAAUCGGGGGAGACUGUACACGACCGUUUAACGCUCCACACGGAAAAACAUUUUCUGCCAAGUAAAGGAUCUUUUGCUGUAAGAGGUUUAUUUAGUGGUAAAUAAUUAAAUAAUAAAAUAAU